AUGGCCGUGACCCAGCGAAGACAAUUCACCAGCUGUGACGCCUGCAGAAAGUCUCGAGUUGGCUGCGAUGCGGCCACUUGCGAUGGCCCAUGCACAAAUUGCGUGCGGCGCCACAAGGUUUGCAGCUCGAAGUGGAUUGAGCAGAGCCGUGGUGGUCGGAGCAAGCGCCAGCAUAUGAAAUCGAAUGGUGCGGGAGUCCAACAACACGUUCAUACAACGAGUGUUGCAACCUCAGACAUUGCACAUUCUGAGAAUGCAGAAAGCGCGGCAGCCUCGCAAACUACAAUCACCACUCUGUCGGAAGCCGAUCCAGCAACUGCCAUCAGUCGUCGGCAGCAGGCAUUAACCUUGCAUAAUGUUCUAUGGGACAUAUUCACAACUCUAUUCGAGCCUCAGUUAGGCCUAUGGAUAGGGAAUGAUUGCAACCCUCUCAAAACUCUUGAUACGGCUCCGAAAACAUUGGUGUCAAGGCUAAUGGUAACCCUCGACAGCCUUACGCCUUCUCGCCCCGAUGAUUCAACGACACACAUCACGGCUUUCCCUAACAUGCUACUUGAUGAUGAAGAUACAGAAGACCAGAAUGCCAUCAUCAAUCAGGCCCUAAUCAGUGCAGUACACGCAUUCUCUGCUCGAUGGUUACCCGUCAGUCGAUUCGGCAGGGGGAACGCCUCGGAUGUCCGCGCAUUGACCUUGGCGAAGGAAUACUUUCUGGAGCGUAUCUGGGAAAGAGCUCACAAGGACGUCCUCCGAGUGCUUACCCGACCAAGUUAUCGUUCGAUAUUGGCUCUUUACCUCUUUGGAACUACUCCGGCAUCGACCAAGAACAAACAACGAUGCAUCGCUGACCACUGUUUUGAGAUGUCACUGCGCCAAUACUUCCAACUCAGAGCCAGGUCGUCUACCAUAGCAAGACAACAUGGGAGAAGGAACGAGAACAAUUCGCAACUGCAAGAUACCUCGUCUACAGCGCAAGCUCACAAGGAAUUGAAACAUCUUGAAGACACAGCAUACUGGUUUGGUGUUGUAAUAGACGGAUCUCGGUCUCUAACCAGGUGCCAGCCAUCUGUCUUGCUUCCUGGACUUCAGGGUGAAGCGCAGGUGUGGAGUCCAAUCAAAGACCAGACCGAGAUGUUUCGCACCACUUACGGAUCAAUCCCGACCUCGAAGGCGCCUUUAACGGAUGAAAUAGUGAUGACCAUGAUUCAACACGGAGCUGCUUGCAAGACGCUUUUUUGGAAAUCAGUUUCUCGGAUUCAGGAUUAUUUAUUCUAUCAAACUGUCGAAUCGCCCUUAGAAGUUCUUGUGAACAGUGCAGCUGAAGAGAUGGCCCGGUUCGAAGACGUCUUCGACCCUUUUUUCAAUCAGUGUGCAAGGGAUUGGAUUCUUCUUUCGCAGAAGUCGCGAUUGAGCUACUUCAUUUUAGCCUUGCAUUUCCACCUAGGGGUGCUCAUCCUGGUCGAUGUCCUUGAAACCCUACACGAGGUGGCAACGGAAACUUUCAUCGAUAUUGGAGCCUGCAGGCUCUCAUCUACUCGAGCUGUUGUCAAUCUCACCAAUCUCAUGUUGCUGCAAGGCGACGCUGAUGCUGGAGCCGAGGCAAGUAGCAUCUUCCUCAAAGAUCCGUAUCCUGAGCACACCAGGAACGGAAUUUCGAGGGCAUCAUAUUCUGUGCUACAUCUGUUCCGGGGCAUGUCGUUGACGAAGCAAGUUGCGGAAAUCAUGGCCGCUCCAUUGUUUGCCGCGCUAGGGAUACUGAGUCAGGUAUCAUAUACGGCAGAAGAGUCACUUCGGGGUCUUCGCAAGGCGUAUUCCGAUGCCGAUUUGGCUGUGAUGACAGGGGUUUCAACAUAUCUUGUAACUGCGCCGCCGGACCUUGAUCUGUCUAUCACACCUGAAAUGUUCGAGGAUGAAACAGUCAGAGAGCUCGACCUGGCAGAAGAAGAUCCAAACUUGGUGGACAAGACUAUCGGACGCCACGAAGCUCACGAAAUCUCUUACGACUUCGACUGUUUUGACCUGGAAGGGAUCGAUUUCACAUCCGUAAUGCAUGAAUGGGCCUUUGAGGGCUGCUUUUCGAGUGGAUGAAGUAACGAAAUUGCGAUCAAGUUUACGUUCAUGAUGAGGCUCCCACGUCCGUCAUUGCUCGUUGUCAAUCUUUCCCAUGGCAACUUGAUAUGCAUCGGAUCCCAGAGUAACCCUCGACGGUGGGUUCUCCAUCACGGCUAAUUUGUAUAACGCCUUGCCAGCUUUGACAGGAUCACCAACCUGAGUGCCAUGCCGUUUCCGCAUCCUCUCCUUAGCGUCGAGAUGGUCAUAAGCUGCAAGUCGCAACUUUGGGAAGCUCAUCGAUGGCCCGGCCCAGUUCGUGCUAUCGAAUAGAGUCAGCUUCUUGUGCAUUAUAUCGCAAAAUGGAUCCGCUCACCGGAAGCCUCCGGGCUCGACGAUCAUGAACCUGACGCCCCAUUCUGGUUUCAUUUCAGCAGCAACUGCUUCCGAAAAUCCCUCCAGCGCCCAUUUUGUCGCACAGUAUACACUGAACGUGGGCAUGCCCUUCAACCCCGCCAUACUGGAGAUCUGCUGGAUCAACCCGCCGCUUGGCGUCUGUUCGCGCAUCACCCGGACGGCUGUUCUCGUGACGUUGAGGCAUCCAAAGAAAUUCACCUCCAUUUGCUGACGAAUCUGCUCGUUGUCGAGCUCCUCCAUGGGCCCGCAGAGGCCGAAGCCAGCGUUGUUGACCACGACGUCGAUGCGGCCAAAAAAGGACACAGCCUGCUUGAAGGCGUUCUCGACGGAGGCCGGAUCGGUGACGUCUAAGGGAACCGCUAAGAAGUUGUCCGACAUGGAGUUGGCAAAGUUCAGCUGUGUCACGUCCCGGGAGGUUGCAACGACGUUAUCGCCCUGGGAGAGGAUCUCCUGGACCAAAUUGUUGCCGAAACCGCUGGACGUGCCAGUCACUAGGAACGUCCGUGGUGCCAUUUGUGUGUCGAUCUUCAACACUAGAAAUACUGAUGAGUUGGAGCCGUGAGUUUGAGUGUGUAGCAGUGCCUUGGGAUAAUGGCUACAUCC